AUGCGUCUGGGGGGUCCCCCGACAGAUGUAGAUGCCGCAGAGCAGACCUCUGACAACGAGGACACAGCCAGCACCAGCUCGCUGUCGAAUGAGGUGGGGCAUGUUGAAGACAGCUGUGUGCCUGAACUAGAAACCAGCCACCAGCCCCGCAGGCCUGCUGAGUUUAAGCUGAAGGGCUACUCCGAUCUGAGUGUAGACUCAAUUGACCUCUAUGUCAGAAGACUUCGUCUGAAAAAUCCCAAGAUGUCGAAGGAGGAGGAAAAGGCGAUAAACAAGAUACGGAAGGAUGCUAUCAAGACCAUGAACAGGGAGCGAAGAGUGCGACGAGUUGAGAGGAAGGAAGAGUACAAGGCCAAGAAUGCCAAGAGAAAACGGAACUAUUUUAACAAGUAG